CGGUAGCGGUUUCCCAGGGGGUUAUUAGUGUCCAGCUGCGCCUCCACCGGGAAGAAGGGAGAGUGACUGGAGUGUGGAGGGGCGGGGGCGUGGGAAGGUGGGGAGCGGGGGGCGGAGAGGAGGAAGAGACAUGUUUCCAGCUGGCGAUGCAGCGGGCAGAAUUGGAGGGAGCCUAGGUCACUCAAGCUGCAGCGGUUGCCCUUGUCGUAGCCUUCCCCCUUCCUCCCCUUUACCGGAAAGCAAGCUGUGCCAAGAUCGCCGAGGGAAGAGAGAUUUUUAAGGAAAACUACUAAACAGAUUCUGAAGCAUGGGUAAAGACUUCCGAUAUUAUUUCCAGCAUCCAUGGUCUCGAUUGAUUGUGGCUUAUCUGGUGAUCUUCUUUAACUUCUUAAUAUUUGCGGAGGACCCUGUCUCUCACAGUCAAACUGAGGCCAAUGUUAUUGUUGUUGGAAACUGUUUUUCUUUUGUAACCAAUAAAUACCCUAGAGGAGGAGGCUGGAAACUCUUGAAAGUGCUGCUAUGGCUACUUGCAAUUCUCAUAGGAUUAAUAGCGGGCAAAUUCUUGUUCCAUCAGCGUUUGUUUGGUCAGUUGCUUCGGUUGAAAAUGUUUCGAGAGGAUCAUGGUUCUUGGAUGACAAUGUUCUUUAGUACCAUUCUCUUCCUCUUCAUAUUUUCCCAUAUAUACAAUAUGAUUCUUCUCAUGGAAGGAAACAUGGGAGCAUACAUUAUUACAGACUUCAUGGGCAUCAGAAAUGAAAGUUUUAUGAAAGUAGCUGCUGUGGGAACCUGGAUGGGAGACUUUGUUACAGCUUGGAUGGUCACUGAUAUGAUGCUUCAGGAUAAACCAUAUCCUGAUUGGGGAAAAUCAGCUAGAGCUUUCUGGAAAAAAGGAAAUAUCAGAAUAAUUUUAUUCUGGACAGUUCUUUUCACUUUGACCUCUGUCGUUGUGCUUGUCAUCACCACUGAUUGGAUCAGCUGGGACAAGUUGAAUCGUGGAUUUCUGCCCAGUGAUGAAGUCUCUAGAGCCUUCUUGGCUUCCUUCAUCCUAGUCUUUGAUCUUCUUAUUGUCAUGCAGGACUGGGAAUUCCCACAUUUCAUGGGAGAUGUUGAUGUAAAUCUUCCUGGAUUACACACACCUCAUAUGCAGUUUCAGAUUCCUUUGUUCCAGAUGAUCUUUAAAGAGGAAUACCGAAUACAUAUAACAGGUAAAUGGUUUAACUAUGGCAUCAUCUUCCUUGUCCUGAUUUUGGACCUUAAUAUGUGGAAGAACCAAAUAUUUUAUAAGCCACAUGAAUAUGGUCAAUACAUUGGCCCUGGACAAAAGAUUUAUACUGUGGAGGAUGCAGAAAGCUUAAAGGAUUUGAACAGAACCAAGUUGUCUUGGGAAUGGAGAUCUAAUAACACAAACCCUCGGACUAAUAGAACAUAUGCAGAGGGAGAUAUGUUCUUACAUAGCAGAUACAUAGGAGCGAGUCUCGAUGUCAAAUGUAUGGCUUUUGUUCCAAGCUUGAUAGCUUUUGUGUGGUUUGGUUUUUUCAUCUGGUUCUUUGGAAGAUUUUUGAAAAAUGAACAAGGCAUGGAGAACCAAGAUAAAAGUUACACACGGAUGAAAAGGAAAUCACCUUCAGAGCACAGCAAAGAUAUGGGAAUGACUCGAGAAAACACCCAAGCCUCAGUUGAGUAUCCCUUGAAUAAUUCCCCUGUAGUCUACAUCAAGUCAGAUUUCAACGAAAUUGUCUACAAUUCCUCCCAUUUGACUUCAGAAAACUUGAACUUGCAUUUGAAUGACCCAUGUCACAUUCCAGAACCAAACCCAGAACCUGUGAUAACCGAAUGUACACCCACAAACUCAAUCCAAUGAUGACGCCAUUUCCCAGAGGGCAAAGAAAUUCACACAAGAAUAUACCUUUAAGGAUCACUCUGUCCUUUUGUACAUAACCUUUAUGUAGCUUUAGAUGGAGAAAUAUAACCUAGGCCACAAAGGUGCUCAACAUGCUCUUUCUAGAACUCAUUAUUUUCUAUUUGUAUUAUGAUAAUGUGCCUCCUAUGUAUCCAAAAGUUCUCUAGAGAUUGCUUCUCACAAUUGCACAAACUAAUUAUUGCCAUGUUGACUUUACAGAGUAGUAAACUACUAGGUCAUUAUUUAAAAGUAUAAAGUUCUACCAUAGUGGUGCCUUGAGACAUCAAACUGUUUUUAACCGUCAGUAAGUCAACAAGCAUACAUUAAGUGCCUACUAUGUUCCAGGCACUGUGCUGAGCACUGGAGAGGCAAAGAAAAGUGAAAAAACAGUAUCUGCUUUCAAGGAGCUCAUAGUCUAAUGUGAGAGAAAAUGUGCAAACAACUAUGUACAAACAGAGAUAAUUAACACAAGGAAGGUACUAAGGAUUUAAAGGGAUCAGGAAAGCUCCUUAUAGAAGGUGGGAUAUUAACUGGAGAAAACCAGAAGUAUCAGAAGAUGGAAGUGAUAGAAGACAAUUCCAGGCAGGGGAAACAAACAGUUAAAAUGCCUGGAUCUAGGUGAAAUGGAAUUUAUCUCAGAAUAUGUGGAAUAGGAAAAAUAGGGGGGACCCAGGUUGGCUUUGAAUGAUGGAAGAUAUUAUACUUGAUCCUGGAAGUGAAAGAGAAUGAAAAGUCAAAAAUCACAUUUAGAUCUUCAUCUUUGAUAACUAGGAGGAUAAUGCUCUCUUACUCAGUAAUAGGAAAUUUGAAAAGGAGAGGGGCAGAGGAAGAAUGUAUUAAAGUUAGUUUUUGAUAUGUUGCAUUUAAAAUGUAUGUGGGAAAUCCAAUUGGGGAUAUCCAAUGAAGUAUAAAAGAGUUCUAUUUUUUUUUCUUUAAUAAAAUUCUUUUGACCAACAUUGGAGAUCUGAUCAAGAAACUGAGGGCUGUUAUUCUAUAUGGAUAUCUUUUGUAACUUACCCAAUUCUACACAGAAGAUAGAAAAUGGAUUGCAGAGAACUAUGUUGAUUUUAAUGUUUAAUGGCAGACUGCCAAACAAAAUACAGAUAUAAAAGCCAAUUAACCCAACAUAGGUCAUUUCUUAUGAGAAUGUGGCUUUCUCAAUUAAUUAUAAUUAGAUAUAAUAUCUAAUUUUGUUUUUUGAUAAUGAAAGGUAAAUUGCUACUGUAUAACUCUACAGUGCCAAGGAAUAAAAGAUUCGAUUGUAUAGCCCACAACAUUUGUAAAACCUACUGUAAACAUUGAAAUUGGAAAACAGAUGACAACUCUGAGAUAAUGAACUCCUUCAAAAAUCAUGCAAUAAAAGACUUUGCAGUAGAGAAACAGAUGCUGGAAAAACAAAGAUUUUAGUGACUUUUCCUGUCUUUUUUAUUUUUCUUUUGAAAACAAAACUUUGCACAUGAAUAAAUAAAUUCCCAUAAAUGAC